GGUCCACGUGUACUAGUCUUUCCAGGUGUUGAGAACUAGGUGAGGACAUGAGGACAUCCACUCUGCUGACCGCCGCUCUGCUGGGCCUGCUCCUCUGGGCGUCCUGCACCCGGGCCGAGGAGGAGGGGGCACCCAAGGAGGCACCCGAGGAGGCUCUCAAGGAAGGAAGCGAGGAAACGAGCGAAGAGUCCAGAGAGGAUGAAGUGGAGGAGGCGAAGAAAGAAAAAACUACGGAGAUUGAAGAGGAGAACGAUGUGAUGGUGCUGCAUAUUAACAAUUUUGAAAGAGCUCUGAGUGAGAACAAGUACCUGCUGGUUGAAUUUUAUGCCCCAUGGUGUGGACAUUGUAAGCGUCUGGCCCCCAUCUAUGAGGAGGUGGCUGGGAAACUGAAGCAGGAGGAGAAGGACAUGCGUUUGGCCAAAGUAGACGCCAUCGAGGAGAAGGAGCUGGCGGAGGAGUUUGAGGUCGGAGGGUACCCCACCAUCAAGCUGUUCGUCAAUGGAGAUCGCUCAAAGCCUAAAGACUACACAGGAGGGCGGUCUCCUGAGGCUAUGGUCACAUGGAUGAAGCGUCAGACCUCUCCUGGUGCCCCCACCCUGGACUCCCCCUCCUCUGCUGCACAAUUCAUCGACGCCCAUAAUAUCUCUGUAGUGGGAUUCUUUAAGGAUGUGGAGAGUGAAGCAGCCAAAGUCCUGGAUGAGCUUUAUUUCAGCACGGAUGUCGAGUUCGCCAAGACGUCCAGUCCAGAGGUGUUCAGCAAGUAUGAAGUCACAGCAGACUCUGUGGUGCUCUUUAAGAAGUUUGACGAGGGCAGAGCGGACUUCCCUUUGACAGAGGACGGCACACUGGACAAAGGCAACCUGACCAGCUUCAUCCAAGAAAACAGCCUGGAGCUCAUCAUCCACUUCAACGCAGAGAAAUCCCAGGCCAUCUUUAGUUCCAGUGUGAAAGUCCACACCCUGAUGUUUGUAAACUCCACCAUCGAUGCUCACAUGGCUCUGGUGGAGGAGACCCGUGCUGUGGCCAAGGACUUCAAGGGAAAGAUUCUCUUUGUUUUGCUGGAUGCAAAUGACGAAGCACAGGUUAAAAUCCUGCAGUACUUUGGUGUACAGACAAGUGAGAUCCCCACUGUCCGUAUGUUUGACAUGAACAGCAGGAAGAAGUACAACCUGGCCCCCAGCCCCUUCACUGCACAGGCGGUCAGAGAGCUGUGUCAGGGGGUGCUGGACGGGACCACACAGCCGUUCUACAUGUCAGAGGAGAUCCCUGAGGACUGGGACAAAGGCCAUGUCAAAGUGCUGGUGGGAAAGAACUUCAAGUCUGUGGCCCUGGACUCCACCAAAAAUGUGUUUGUCGAGUUCUAUGCCCCGUGGUGUCAUUUCUGCAAAGAGCUGGCCCCCAUCUGGGAUAAACUGGGAGAGAAAUACGCCAAUCACACGGACAUCAUCAUAGCCAAGAUGGACGCCACAGCCAAUGAGGUGGAGGACUUGGAGAUCGGAGGCUUCCCCACUCUCAUAUACUACCCAACGGAAGGCAAGGAGGUACGGUAUAAUGGAGAUAAGACUUUGGAGAAGAUGUCUCAGUUCCUGGAUAAUGGGGGAGUCAUGCCUGAGGAGCCAAAGGACGAAGAGGAGGAUGACGAUGAUGACGAUGAUGAGGAUGACGAUGAAGAAGAGACCGUCGCACCAACAGACUCACCAGCCAACAAAACCUCCAAAGAUGAACUGUGAUUUGUGUCUUUAUAAUUUCAUCCACUUCUUGAAAGAGGGAGUAUUAUGCAACAUCUUUUUUUUUCUUUCUUCCAUGUCCUAAAGUUGUUGAGGUUGUAGAUGUCAUCCAUGCACAUAUCAGUAUUUUAGAGAUUUCUCCUGGGCCCCUAUUUGAACCGUCCUUAUAGUUAGCAGAAAGAUUGUGUGGAAUACUCAGCCCACAAGCCUACGUCACCCAUGCUCCCACACGACGAUUCUCCAUAAAUAUACAAAAACAUGAUAUAAAACUGUUCACAGCAACUUGACAAACCUGAUGCGAUGUGUUUCAGUGAAAUGCAGGCUGAUUGUGUUGUGGUAGCGCUCUGAACGGGGAGUGACUUGAGCCAGAGAGCAAAGGGAGGUGAGGCUCAGAGCGUUCUAAAGCGAAUAUAUAGCAUUGUCCACAAUAAACGGUAACACGGUGAUCUAAAUAUGUUAUGUGUUAGCAGUUAAUACCCCAAAGAAGUAAAAUAUCUCCUAUUUAUAUAACUAUUUCUUCACAAUAUAAUGAAUUUUGUAAGGAAAGAAAAUUUGGCUGUGGGUAUCUAAUGACGGUCUUGUUUGUAUUGUAUUUCAUUUAAAAAGAGUAAACUGUUGGCUGUUGCUGUUACCUCUUGGAUACACAUACUAACUGUAUU